AUGGAUACUGUGUAUGAAUCCAAGGAAUAUAAGGCAUACCAGGCUGCUGUCGCGAGUAAGAAUUGGGAGAUUUUCCCGGCCUUUGAACCAGACGCAGCUGGCGAGUGUGUUGUCCACCAUGGCGAGAACGUCUGUCGCCUCCAGCGAGGUGAAGGUAUCUGUGGCAAAACCUACAAUGGAAUAAGCAAGACCACCAAUCUCCGCUCCCAUAUCAAGGACCAUGAGGGAUAUCGGGCUAAGCCAGCCAAGAAGGGGACUGUGAGCCAGGCUGAGGUUGACAAUACGCGCAAUUUCUUCGCCCACUUCCUCCAAGCCCCACCACCAGCGCCACUGCCAGCGCCAACCUCAACGCCAAAGUCCAAGAAGAAGGACAAGGCUUCCUCUGCCUCUGCCUCUGGCAGCCGCCCGCAGGGGGUAAACAAGAAGAGCACCCCAAGUAAGCCCUCCAAGAAGUCUGGUAUUAGUGCGCGUGAGCUUUCUGGCUUGCUUAAUUAG